GCCGGGGGCCGCGGCCACCCCGCUGAGGAGGGCGGGCGGCGGUGAGCUGCGUGGGGAGUGUUUCUCGCCCGGCUGCUGGUGCGCGCUUAUUCAGUGAUUUAUGUAAGCUUCCAAACCGGCUGCGUGAGGAAUCGGCUCGUCUCUUCCCUCGCGGGUGGCUCUCUGUGAGGGGGUGUUCUCCCUUCCUCCUCGCCUCAGAGAGGGCACCCCUCUUCCCCCGCAGACUGAAGGGAGAGACGUCCUCCUUCCCCCGCUGCCGUGGGGACGGGGAUCCCCGUGCCCGCUCCCCUGUCAGGCUGAGCCGAGCUGAGGGCAGAGACCUCACAGCUGCAAGCAGGCAGUGAGGCUGGACCGGAGCGAACUCCUCUUUCGAGUCACUCAGCGAGUGGGACUGUGGCCAUGGCUGCGGGCGGCAUCUGGACGUCGCUGGGGCUGAUGGCAGCCGUUGUGGCAGCCGUGGGCCUGUGCCGCAGUUUGGCUCUCCGCCGCCUGCACGCCCGCCCGCACCUUUGCUCGUUCCUCCUGGAGCUGCUGAGCACCUUCCAAGUGUGCGCCUGCACCAACGAGCUCAGCCUGCUGGGCAACACGGAGCCCAGGCCUCACACCGCCCUCACCCUCACCUACGGCUUCACCGUCCUGCACGGCCUGACGCUGCCUGGCAGCACAUGCAACCCCUGUGGCACCCUGCAGCCCCUGUGGGGCGGACGGACCUCGGCCAGGGCGGGGGGACUGAAGAUCUGGGCGCAGUUCGCUGCUGCGGUGUUGGCCAGAGUCUUUAUGCACUUUAUCUGGAGGUUGGAGAUGGCGGAAUCCCAUUUGGGAGCGCUCACUCAGGGUUGCGGCAACCCCAUGCAGACGACGGAGGUGCAGGCGUUCUGCAUAGAGCUGUUGUUCUCUGUCGUUUUCCAGCUGACCAUCCUGCAAGUGGAAAACAUUAAGCCCAGCUACAGAGUGCACGCGGUUGCUCUCCUCAUCACCAUGCUGGUGUUUGCAGGUGGAAAUCUUACAGGAGCAAUAUUUAACCCAGCAUUGGCUUUUUCAUUACAUCCACAUUGUUUCUAUGACAGAUUUCUUACUUAUUCGCUAGUAUACUGGAUAGCACCAUGCUUAGGUACAGUACUUGUGGCUUUUGUAUGGAAAUCCUUUCUCGGACACCAGAAGACACUAAAAUCUCAAUUAUAGUAGGACUACACUGAAAGAAGUAUUUUCAAACAAGUUAACUUGCAGCCACCUCCAAAUGAAAUGAGGCUUUCAGAAAAAGCAUUGACAUCGACUUCCACACCUCUUUUCAACUGUAUUUUCAGAUUUCAUGUAUUGAAAUUUCACUUAGAGCUUUGUAUUCAAAAACUUCCUUUGUAACACUAGAUCAGAGAACAUCUACCAGCAUUUUCAGUUAAGCCAUAUGAACGUGAAAGACUGUUAGAACACUGAAACUUUGUCACUUUAGCCAUAAGUGCCAUUUGCUGACCUGAAUUACAGUGGCAUAUAAAACUUAAGUUUAGAUAAA